AUGAUAAAAGAGAAACGUUUGGGAAAAAAUAGUACCACUUUUCAAGAAUCAGACCCUUUUCAGGGGCAUAUCAUGGUAGUGUACGAUGUUAAGGUUUUGCUAGCAUUUCUGGAAGAAAGUACCGAAGUGGUACCAAAAGCAAGAGGAAGUUUUGCGAUUCUGUUCACGUCAUUAAAAUGCCCAACGCACUAUGAAACCAACCAUGCCCUUAAACAACUCUGGACCAACCAUGGCACAGCCAAUCUAAUUGCCUUUUGCGACAAUAUAUACGUGUACCACCCUUUUAGUAAAAACGAUAGUACCUGGGGGGCCACCCUUGACUAUUCCCCAGCCACUGAAACACCAAAUUUGUUCCGAAAUUUCAACGGGUACCUCCUCCGAGUCUCCCUGUUCAAGCGCCCACCCACUGCCCUUAAGCAAGUACCGAGCUACAUCUCCAACAACCCCAUUUACCGCGACUUAAAACCCGGCGAUUUUGCCGGACUCGAUGGUACCCUUUUGAGAUUCCUCUCCAAUUAUCUCAACUUCACAGUCGUGAUUGACGAAAGUCACCCAACCCAUGGUCGUGUGCUCAAAAAUGGUACCAUCACGGGUAGUUUAAGCGACGUGGUUUCGCACAGGGUGGACUUCAGUGCCAAUGAUUGGUUCCUGAUCGACUACCAAACGCCCGAAAUUGAACCAACGGUACCGUUCAGUUACGACCAGGUUUGUCCGGUGGUUUCCAAAGCCUUGAAAGUGCCCCAAUGGAAGGCGUUUUUCUUCAUUUUUGAUCUAACUUCCUGGGUUUUGAUUUUUUUUAUGUGGCUUUGUUGCGUUUUCGUGUGGCAUGUUCUUAACCCGUUCCGCGACCUGUCCACCAUUAUUUGGGAGAUUUGUUCGGUCUUGUUCGGGAAUCCGGUUAAUGUGGUACCACUUUCAAACCAGCACAUGUUCCUGGGGUCUUGCAUGGUCUUGAACAUCAUCAUCAUGGGGAUUAUUCAAGGGUCGGUUUUCACCGAUUUCACCACAACGACGUUUCACAAAGACAUUAACACGUUGGAGGAACUUGACGAAGCUGGACUGAAAAUCGCCUCGUCGGCUUGGUACUUGGACUUUGACACCACGGAUUUGAUCAAACGGUUGAAAACCAAGCAAAUUCGGAACUACAUAGGUUCGUACAAGGACACGGCUUUUAAGCGCGGAAUGGCAGUUUUGGGGCGGAAACAAGACGUGGAGCAUAUGGUCAAGGUGGAGUUUGUGGCAGAAGACGGGUCGCCACUCCUGCAUGUCACCAGUGAAUGCUUACAGACUUUCCUUCUGGUUAGUUUAUUUCCCAAAGGUUCCCCGUUUUUGCCCACGUUUAACAACGUGAUAACGAGACUGUUCGAAGCUGGGUUAACUGUGAAAUGGUACCAGGACGUCACGUCCACUGGUACCAUGCUCCAGCAAAUGAAAAAUUUUGCGAACCGAAGGCCCACCGGUUUGUUUUCGCUGAACGAUGCAAAGUUAGCGUUCUAUGCACUUUUUGUGGGCUACAUAGCUUCGUUUGUUACAUUUUUGACCGAAAUUCUAACAAGUAAAUAAA